GUUCGAUCCACAUAAACCGCAUUUUCUUUUGCAUUUUUGCACCCAUAAACCCCAUCUGGGGCUUUGUUUUGUAGAGGGUUUAAGAUGAAGAGGAAGCCUCAAUCAAGACUGUGUUGUGUGCUCUCUAUUCAGCGAACCCUGUCAUUUUGUGAUCGGCAUUGAUGCCCCUGAUGUGGCGGAAAUGCUUCAUGGUCUCUCUCUUAGUUUUACUCAACAAACGGCUCUUCCGCCAGCACGCCGCGCUUGAUGUUCGGUGCAUUAUGCACUGCGGCUAUUCUCACGGUCUUGUAUCGCGAAAUGAGACGAAACAUCGCUUGUCUUCAUCUCAUCUCAGCGCCUGGCAAGAGCAUCCACUGUCCUCCCACCGUCGCCUGCACGUGCCUUGGCCCUUCCUCUGAGCAAUGCGUACGCUCUGGCGGGCCGAUUCCCCGCUCUUGCCUGCAACGAUCAAUGGUGAACUGGCAGAGCUACCAAAUUUUGGUGCCAACAGGCUGCAAACCCGAUUCAACCGUUGACCGCCCUUAAAUCGCCUGGAACCAUCUCCGCCCAAAGCACGGGAGAACAGCGGCCGUUGCUUGACAUGGUGAUGUCGACUCCUCCAUGAUGGAAACAAUCCAUGGCUCAAGCCUUGACCUUUCCUCAAUCCACCGUCUUCCUACCGUGUCGGCUGCACAGGCCCUGGAAGACUUUGAAGGGACCCAGAACCACCACAUCUCCACCGGCCUUCCAGUUCUCGAUGCCUCAAAUGGCAUCCAGAAGGGCAGUGUGACGGAAAUAUGGGGGCCCCCGGGCGUGGGAAAGACAGCAUUCGGAAUCCAGCUCACUGCUAACUGCCUUCGCGAAGGCGGCGGAGUCGUCUGGUCGGGCCUUGGCAAUCUCUUGUGGUCGGGCACUUAUACGAAUGCAGAUGGCUUUCACCGGAUGUCCAUUGAACGGUUGCACCAGGUCGUGGACUUGAACUCUGAGGAUGGGCAGAUCCAACCAUUAGACAAGUUUGUUCACUAUAGCUGCCCGACCUUGGUUCAUCUCAUAGCCCUGCUAUGUCGGCCCACGGCGUCUUGUAUCCCAGAGUGGACAUCAUUGAUUGUUGUUGAUUCCCUUUCAGCGUUGGUCAACCAUGACGUCCUCAAGAAUACAGACCUGAGGCAGGCCCCUCAGACGAAGCAUAAAGAUACCCGAGCACCGAUACCUGCAGAACGCAGAAUACAGGCACUUCACUAUAUUUUGAGCAACCUUCAAAAGCUGGCAGCAACCCGGGAUGUGGCUAUUGUCAUCCUCACGCAGUGCGCCACAAAGAUGCAGGCGGAACGCGGUGCGACCUUGGUUCCCGCCAUCAAUGCAAGCGUCUGGAGACAAGGUAUUGUCUCGAGGAUCGCACUGUUCAGAGACCGGCUUCAAAAUGACUUCGAGACUUCCACUGCUCUGCGCUUUGCGUUCAUCCAGAAGCUGAACGGAGUUGACAAGCAUGCGGAUGAUGCAGCCGCACUCUGCGGGUUCCAUAUUGAGGCAGCCGGUUUGGUUCCGGUGGAGUACGACCAGGCUUCAAGCCCCUUGAGGACGAUGUCAACGCCAGCAGGUGCCCAAAAACGCAAGCUUGGGGAUACCGGCUUCGAGAUCGCCGACAGCGAGGACGAGGGUGACGAUGAUGAAGAUUACGGUUGGGACCUAGAGCCAGAUGCCCUCCCACCUAUGCCCUCGCAAUGGCAAGGUAGCGAAGACAUUCUGCUCACUCGGGAGCCGGAGAGCAAUGCGGAUCUGCUUGAUGAGGGCGUACAAGGGGAAUCAGACGAUGGCAAGGACCCAGAAUCAACACUGGUUGUCAACGAUAGCGAGGAUGAUGACGACGAGACUGAAAACACUGAUGAUGAUGACGGGAAGGACGUCGACAAGCAUGAAAGUGUCGACGACCGCGUAUCAUAAACCUUGCAUCUGUCGGGCCUUCUCGAUACCAUGGGCUCACUGAAACCCAUCCCCACGCAACCGUUACGGCGACCCGCUCGCUACCUUGGGCGAAGGAACAACGGGUCGGCUCCACAGAUAUCGGGCCAACUCAGGUUUCGUCUUCCCACCAUUAGGGUGCGUGCUCCUCUUUUCACCGAUCGGGAUCGGGGUGAUCGGAUAGAGCACCACACUUUCUGUUUUCUGAGCGUUGCUGGUGGUUUGUGCCUGCGCCUGGUGGCGGAUAGGUAAAAUGCAGGGGAGAAUGUGCACGCACCACGCAAUCAGCACUCAAAUUCUGCCGAAGGCGAGAAAUAGGGAUAUAUGCCCGAGAGGUUAGAGACGUUGUUGCCGAGCGGCGGCGGCUAUCAUAAGCGAUCUUGGUUGCAACGUGACGCCCACUUUGAUGCUCUUUGCCGACCGUCCACUGAG